UCUGAUUGGCUGAGGGGACCGUGGCCGUUGGGUCGCGUAAAAGCAGUGGCAGGCGCGAGGCUAUGUAGGGAACUCGGUUUUCCUCAGACUAGAGACGAGAACAAGGGACCUGGGUUGUGAUGGAAGAUUCUGGAAAGAAGCAAAGGGGGCCGGUUUCUGGGUCCAAUGAACAGUCCUGGUGGCCCAAAAGGCUUCUGAAUAUGGACGGAGCUGCGAGGCCAAGGGUGACCCCCGUCAGUGACUUUCAGUUUGGGGCUGUUGCCACAGAGACGAUUGAAGACUCCCUGCUUCACCUGGCCCAGCAGAACGAGCGAGCAGUGCAGGAGGCAGCGGGCCGGAUGGGCAGCUUCAGGGAGACACGGAUCGUGGAGUUUGUUUUUCUCCUGUCUGAACAAUGGUGUCUGGAGAAAUCCGUGAGCUACCAGGCUGUCGAAAUCCUAGAAAGGUUUAUGGUGAAGCAGGCAGAGAAGAUCUGCAGGCAGGCCGCGGUGCAGCUGAGCAGCAAUGGGAAGACAGAGUCCCCGACCUGGAGAGUCCUCAGAGAGCAGCUUUUCAGCAAGUUUGUCCUCCGGCUCGUGUCAUGCGUUCAGCUGGCCAGCAAACUCUCCUUCCACUACAAAAUAAUCAGCAACGUUACCGUCUUGAAUUUCCUCCAGGCUCUGGGGUAUCUGUACACUAAAGAAGAACUGCUGGAGUCAGAGCUUGACGUCCUGAAGUCUCUGAACUUCCAGAUCAACCUGCCCACGCCCCUGGCCCACGUGGAGAUGCUCCUGGAGGUGUUAGGCUACAACGGCUGCUUGGUGCCAGCCACACAGCUGCAUCCAACCUGCUUGACCCUGCUCGACCUGGUCUACCUGCUGCAUGAGCCCAUUUAUGACAGCCUGCUUAGGGCUGCCAUCGAGAACUCCACGCCCAGUCAGCUCCAAGGGGAAAAGUUCAUUUCAGUGAAGGAAGACUUCAUGCUGUUGGCAGCAGGAAUCAUCGCAGCAAGUGCUUUCAUCCAAACCCGCGAGUGUUGGAGCCAGGUUGUGGGCCAUCUGCAGAGUAUCACUGGCAUCGCCUCGGAGAGCAUCGCGGAGUUCUCUUACGCAAUCCUGACUCACAGCGUGGGAGCCAGCACGCCAGGGCGGCAGCAGCCUGUUCCUCCCCACCCGGCAGCCCGCGUUCUGAGGGCUGCUGCUUCCUCCAACACUUGAGGCAGGCUGACCCACCACACAAACAGCCUCCGUCAGCGCAGCCAUCCCCGCCGCUGGGUACUUUCACACGAGGGCACAAGGGUUCCAAGUGUCUCUUUUGCACUCUAUUUUGUAUUCCAAUUCUGUGCCUAUUUUUAUUUUUGCUUAACAAGCUAUUUCCUUAACCUAAUUUCAUUAAGAGGGAAACAUCAGACAUGUUCAGUAUUUACUGGCUCAAAUAUAGACCAUCCAAGUAACCUUACCUGAGCAUCUUAAAGUUAAUUUAACAUCGUUUUGUUAUUGAGUGCUAUAGCUCUCUAUAUUCAGAAGGUUUUUUUUUUUUUUUUUUUUUUU